AUGUACAAUAAUAACCACCAAUUGGACUCUUAUCCGACACUGGAUGAGAUUAUUUCUAGACCAACUAUAUUUGACAAGGAUAUGACCAAAAUAUCGCCACCUCAGGAGAUGACGUGGAAUGCACAACCUCUUCAUAACCAUCCUUUAUCAGCUCAAUUUUCUGCUCAUAAGAGACAAAUCAUUGCACAACAGGAAAUCAUUGCUGCUGUAAAUGCUUCAAAGAAAGUUGUUAACUCUAAGAAAUUAAAGAUCAAUAAGCCAAAGCAUUCUGUGAUAGAUCUUACUCUGAAUGAAAAUUACAGAAAUUUCCAAGUACGUCGUAACAGAAUCCCAAGAGUCUUGGCCCAAAUAUCUGUCCCUGAGAUGGUCGAAUCAAUGAAACAAAGACAUUUUAAUAAUGAACAUGCUGAUAAGCCUCCCUACCCAUAUGCCACUUUGAUUCUUGUUGCACUUCUACAAAACGAUCUUAAUAGGUUAACAUUAUCUCAAAUUUAUAACUGGAUCUCUACUAGAUUUCCAUAUUUCACAAUGGAUCAAGCUACAUGGCAAAAUUCCGUAAGACAUAACUUGUCUUUAAAUUCUGCUUUUAUAAAAACUAUUAAAUCUCCAGAUAAGAAAAGCUAUUAUUGGGGAUUCAAAAGAGGUCAUGAAUUAAAAUUUUUUAAAGAUUUAGAUCUUUCCUUUGAAGAACUAAAGGAAGUAGCAAAAAGUCUAGAGCAAUAUUUCUAUCCUAUCCCAUGUAUUAAUGUUAGUCUGGUACCUCCAGUGCAAUCAAAAGAUCCAAAAUUUAACGAACAAACUAAUCCUCUUCCAACCCCACCUAAUACUGAUGAUCAUUACAUGAAUGUAGGUCUAGGUCCAGCAUUCGAUGUUUUGACUGCAACACCUCCAAAGAGUUCGAAAACUUCUGGAAAAUCUCUAUUACAACCAUCGAAAAGAACGAUUGAUGACGAACUUCUUAAGGUGAAUGCUUGUAGUAUCGAUGAAAAACUCGAUGCUCUUAGAACACCAGAAUUUAAGAACCAUGAAUCAUUAAUUUGUUCUCCUUUGACACCAAAUAAAUUGGAAUCAAUCCACAAUUCAAACAUGAUCUUUUUCCAAAUUUGGAAUCAAGGCCAUAGUUUUUAA